UCCGGGUUGAGUGCUCGAACUUUGCUGGCCCAUAUCCUGGCGUGGUCGGAGGCAAGAUCAAAAUUCCCAAUGCGGUAAGCCACUUCUCCAGACCGGAAACCACCAUGUCCGACUUUUUUGGCUCCUCUUCCUUGUCCGCAAACUCGAAUGACCAGAAUGCGAGGAAGGAAUCGGUGAUGGCGGCCGUGCGCAGUCAGGUCGCGCUCGCCAAUGCCCAGCAACUCAUGAACGGUGCGAACGAGAAGUGUUUCAAGUCCUGCGUGACCAAGCCGGGCACGUCGUUGUCGGGCUCCGAACAGACCUGCCUGUCCCGUUGCCUUGACCGGUACAUGGAGGCCUUCAACAUCGUCCGAACCACAUACAUGACGCGGCUGAGCAAGGAACGUCUGGAGGAUCAGGCCAAUGUACUGUAGAGCGAAUCAUACACAAGCAUACCGCGACAUAGCAUUGGUCGUACAAAAUUAUCUACGAGACACUAAUAAAAGAAGGAGUCCAUACGU